AUGCACGUCCGCGCCGCCGUCCGCGCCGACAUCCCGACGCUUGCCAGCGUCUACGCACGCGCUUUCCACGACGACCAGCUCUUCUCCGCGCUGCACCCGCGCCGCAACGAGUUCCCCGAAGACUUCACCGCCUCCUUCGCGCGCACCUUCCAGACGCUGUUCUGCACGCGCAACGUGCUGAUCCUUGUCGCCGCCGACGAGUCGUCCAACAACGGCGUUGCCGGUGUAGGCGUGUGGGUUCGCGAUGGCACGCUGGGCGGGAAGGAUAUCAACCCCCGCGCCGGACUGCUGCUCGACGUCGAGUUUGGUCUUCGCGCGCUUUUCGCGCGCAUCUUCCCGCCGAACGAUCGCUCCGGGGCCCCCGAGGUGCGCGCAGAGUUCGAUAGGGCGUUUGCGCGCAUCGGUGCUAAAGACGAGUUGAUACCGCCCGCAAGAUGGCACCUCAAGUACCUCGGCGUCGAUCCUGCGUUCCAGCGCCGCGGCGUGGGCGCCAUCCUUGUCAGUGCUGGCGUGGACAGGGCCCGCGAGGAGGGCGUACCCGCUAUGCUCGAGGCCAGCCCGAAUGGGAAGAACUUGUACGAGAAGCUGGGGUUCAGGGUUGUGGGCGAGAUGGUGCUGGAAAACACAGGCGUCGGCGGGCCGGUCAUGAGGUGGGACCCGCCCGAGGCGCCGGUGGAGUAG